CCGCCGCAGCCGCCGCCGCCGCUGCUGCUGCCGCCGCCGCGCCGACCAUGUCGGCGGCCAAGGAGAACCCGUGCAGGAAAUUCCAGGCCAACAUCUUCAACAAGAGCAAGUGUCAGAACUGCUUCAAGCCGCGCGAGUCGCAUCUGCUCAACGACGAGGACCUGACGCAGGCAAAGCCCAUUUACGGUGGCUGGCUGCUCCUGGCUCCAGAUGGGACUGACUUUGACAACCCUGUGCACCGGUCUCGGAAAUGGCAGCGGCGCUUCUUCAUCCUUUACGAGCACGGCCUCUUGCGCUACGCCCUGGACGAGAUGCCCACAACCCUCCCUCAAGGCACCAUCAACAUGAACCAGUGCACAGACGUGGUGGACGGCGAGGGCCGCACCGGCCAGAAGUCCUCCCUGUGCAUCCUGACGCCCGAGAAGGAGCACUUCAUCAGGGCCGAGACCAAGGAGACCAUCAGCGGGUGGCUGGAGAUGCUCAUGGUCUAUCCCAGGACCAACAAGCAGAACCAGAAGAAGAAACGGAAAGUGGAGCCGCCCACACCACAGGAGCCCGGGCCUGCCAAAGUGGCUGUCACCAGCAGCAGCAGCAGCAGCAGCAUUCCCAGCGCAGAGAAAGUCCCCACCACCAAGUCCACACUGUGGCAGGAAGAAAUGAGGGCCAAGGACCAGCCGGACGGGAGCAGCCUGAGUCCGGCUCAGAGCCCCAGCCAGAGUCAGCCUCCUGCUGCCAGCUCCCUGCGGGAGCCAGGGCUGGAAAGCAGAGAAGAGGAGAGCGCCAUGAGCAGCGACCGCAUGGACUGUGGCCGCAAAGUUCGGGUGGAGAGCGGCUACUUCUCCCUGGAGAAGACCAAGCAGGACCUCAAGGCUGAGGAGCAGCAGCUUCCCCCGCCGCUCUCCCCGCCCAGCCCCAGCACCCCCACCAACAGGUAUAGUUGCCCUGAGUCGCCCUCCCAGGAGCUCCGUCAUCCCCCUCACCUCUCAGGUCCUGGAGCACCCAGCCGGAUGGUCUGCAGCACCUCCCUCGGCUCCCUGCACACGGCCAGUCGGCCCUCUGCCCACACGGACUCUGCCCACCCUGGGGGGCAGGGGACAGAGAGACCGGGCAGUGCCUUUGCCUUUAAAGCCAGCAGGCAGUAUGCCACCCUGGCCGACGUCCCCAAGGCCAUCAGGAUCAGCCACCGAGAAGCUUUCCAGGUGGAGAGAAGGCGGCUGGAGCGUAGGACUCGGGCCCGGAGCCCUGGCAGGGAAGAGGUGGCCCGUCUGUUUGGCAAUGAGCGGAGGAGGUCCCAGGUAAUUGAGAAAUUCGAGGCCUUGGACAUUGAGAAGGCAGAGCACAUGGAGACCAAUGCCUCAGCCAUGCCCCCACCAUCCAGCGACACUCGCCAGGGGCGCAGCGAGAAGAGGGCGUUCCCCAGGAAGCGGGAUUUCACCAGCGAAGCCCCCACAGCUCCGCUCUCAGACGCCUCAGCCUCCCCCAUGUCUCCACACCGAAGAGCCAAGUCACUGGACAGGCGGUCCACGGAGUCCCCCAUGACGCCCGACCUGCUGAACUUCAAGAAAGGCUGGCUGACCAAGCAGUACGAGGAUGGCCAGUGGAAGAAACACUGGUUUGUCCUUGCUGACCAGAGCCUGAGAUACUACAGGGAUUCCGUGGCCGAGGAGGCUGCUGACCUGGACGGGGAGAUCGACUUGUCCACUUGUUAUGACGUCACAGAGUAUCCAGUCCAGAGAAAUUACGGCUUCCAGAUCCAUACAAAGGAGGGCGAGUUCACCCUGUCGGCCAUGACGUCAGGGAUCCGGCGGAACUGGAUCCAGACCAUCAUGAAGCAUGUGCACCCGGCCACCGCCCCGGACGUGACCAGCUCCUUGCCGGAGGAGAAGAACAAGAGCGGCUCCUCUCUUGAGACCUGCCCAAGGCCCAGCGAGAAGCAGGAGGUGGAGCCCGGGGAGCCGGACCCCGAGCAGAGGAGGAGCCGCGCACGGGAGCGGAGGCGCGAGGGCCGCUCCAAGACCUUUGACUGGGCCGAGUUCCGCCCCAUCCAGCAGGCCCUGGCUCAGGAGAGAGCUGCCAGGCCCCCUGACACGCAUGAGCCUGGGCGCUCCGAGGCCGAGCCAGGCGAGCUGGAACGGGAACGCGCGCGGCGGCGGGAAGAGCGGCGAAAGCGUUUUGGGAUGCUUGAUGCUCCGGACGGGGUGGGCAGCGAGGACGCGGCCCUGCGCAUGGAGGUGGACCGGAGCCCCGGGCUGCCUGGCCCCGUCGACCUCAAGACGCAGAACGUCCAUGUGGAGAUAGAGCAGCGGUGGCAUCAGGUGGAGACCACGCCUCUGCGGGAAGAAAAGCAGGUGCCCAUCGCCCCGCUGCACCUGCCCCCUGAGGACGGAAGCGACCGGCUCUCUGCACACGAGCUGACCUCCCUGCUGGAGAAGGAGCUGGAGCAGAGCCAGAAGGAGGCCUCGGACCUUUUGGAGCAGAACCGGCUCCUGCAGGACCAGCUGAGGGUGGCCCUGGGCCGCGAGCAGAGUGCCCGAGAGGGCUACGUGUUGCAGACUGAAGUGGCCACCUCCCCGUCGGGGGCCUGGCAGAGGCUCCAUAAAGUCAACCAGGACCUGCAGAGCGAGCUGGAAGCCCAGUGCCAGCGCCAGGAGCUGAUCGCGCAGCAGAAUCAGACCCUGAAGCGUAGCUAUGGGGAGGCCAAGGACGCGAUCCGGCACCACGAGGCCGAGAUCCGGAGCCUGCAGGCGAGGCUCAGCAGCGCCACCGCCGAGCUGGCCAUCAAGGAGCAGGCGCUGGCCAAGCUCAAAGGCGACCUGAAGCUGGAGCAGGGCAGGGCCCGUGAGCAGCUGGAGCAGCGGCAGCACAGUGAGGCGGCGCUGAGCGGCCAGCUGAGGGCCAGUGAGCAGAAGCUGCAGAGCGCUGAGGCCCUGCUGCUGGAGCGGACCCAGGAGCUGCGGGGCCUGGAGACGCAGCAGGCCCUGCAGCGGGACCGGCAGAAGGAGGUGCAGCGGCUGCAGGCGCGCGUGGCCGAGCUCAGCCAGCAGCUGGGCGCCAGCGAGCAGGCGCAGCGGCUGGUGGAGGAGAAGCUGCAGCGGAAUUACGCGCUGCUGCUGCAGAGCUGCGAGGAGGAGAAGCGGGCACUGCUGCGGAGCCUGAAGGAGGCGGAGGACCGGGCCGGCGCCUGCGAGGACCGGCUGCAGGCCCUGCAGAAGGAGACGCUGAGUGCCAAGUGUGAGGGCAGCGAGCAGGCGCGCCGGCUGGAGCAGCAGCUGGAGGCCCGGGAGGCCAGCCUGCGCCAGCUCGCCGAACACGUGCAGCGCCUUCGCGACGAGCGGGACCUCGCCAGGCAGCGGCUGCAGGAGCUGACGGAGCGCGCGGCCGCACUCCAGGAGAAGCUGAGCGGCCGGGAGGCCGACUGCCAGAGCCUGGAGCGCUCCUACCGCCGGGUCUCCAGCCAGCUGCAGAGCACGCACGCCCUGCUCCAAGAGAAGGAGGAGGAGCUGAGGCGCAUCAAGGAAGUGCACGAGAAAGUUCUGGAACAGAAAGAGCAGGACCUCAGCGAGGCUUUGGUUAAGAUGGUUGCCUUGGGGAGCAGCUUAGAAGAGACAGAGAUGAAACUCCAGGAAAAGGAAGAGAUUUUGAGGAAAUUUGCAGACAGGCCUCCGACGGGCACCGAGGAGCCCUCGCCGGCUGCCCCGGAAGAUGGAGAGGAGGAGGGUGGCAUCUCCCUUCUGGGCCAGCGGCUGGAGGACGAGGACCCCACGGCUGCCCUGGGGGAGGAAGGCGGCGCUGGCAGCCCCAGCAGAGAAGAGGGCACAGUGCCACCGAAGGCAGAGGACGCCUCCAGCAGGGAGGGGCAGCUGCCGAGCACAGCCAAGCCCGACCCGGGAGCACCUGGGGCUAAAAGGCAAAGAAUCCGGUUCUCCACGAUCCAGUGCCAAAAAUACACCCACCCUGAGGGGUCCGAGAAGACCUGGGCCAGCAGCACCUCGUCCGACACCAGUCAGGACCGCUCGCCCUCAGAGGAGAGCAUGUGCUCAGAGGCCACGCCUGGCGCCCCACCCUCAGCCAGCGACCCUGACACGUACCUGUCCAUCAUCCACUCCCUGGAGACCAAGCUCUACGUCACGGAGGAGAAGCUCAAGGACGUGACCGUGAGGCUGGAGAGCCAGCAGGGCCAGAGCCGGGAUGCGCUGCUCGCGCUGCACCAGCAGUGGGCCAGCGCCGAGGCCCAGCUCCGCGAGCAGCUCCGUGCCAGCCUGCUGCAGGUCGGCGCCCUGGCCGCCCAGCUGGAGCAGGAAAGACAGGAGAGGGCCACGAGUGUCGAGAGCCAUGUCGGGGAGCUGGGGGACUUCCAGGUGAAGAACAGCCAGGCCCUGUCGUGCCUAGAAAGCUGCCGAGAACAGCUGAGGGCCCUGCCGAGGGCCAGCCAGGGGGACGAGCAGGACCCCAGCACGGCCUCGCUGGCCAGCGUGGAGAGCGCGCUCGUGAGUGCCAUCCGGGCCCUGCGGCCCUGGCCAGCCCCUGCCGAUGGCAGGGCCCAGGGGGCUUGGCUGGAGGAGAGACGCCUGGUGGAGAGCGGGAUGGCCCCUCGGCCAGAGCUGAGCGAGCAGGAGCAGGUGAAGCUGCUGUCUGACCAGAUAGCCCUGGAGGCGUCUCUGAUCAGCCAGAUCGCAGAGUCUCUGAAGAGCACUACCCUGGACGUGUCCCGCGUCCUCUGUGAGGUGUCUCAGGCAGGAGAGUCGCUGCCGGCGGCUCAGAGCAGCGCCGUCUCCGCCCUGGCCCCCGCAGAGGCCUGGGCCAGGAAGGUGCUGGUGGAUGGCGAGUUCUGGAGCCAGGUGGAAUCCCUGAGGAAGCACCUGGGGACACAGGGAGGAGAGGCAGCUGGCGCCUCGGCCGGUGGGCAGCAGUACGUCCCCCAGGGCCUGGCGGAAGCCACGUGGGUCAGGGCGGAGCUCAGCUUUGCCACGCAGUCCGUGAGAGAGUCAUUCCACCAUCGGCUGCAGAGCGUUCAGGAGACCCUGAGGGGGACGCAGAGGGCCCUGCGGCAGCACAAGUGCAUGCUGGGGGAGCUCCUGAGCGCCUACCAAACCCCAGACUUCGAGAGAGUGAUGCAGCGGGUGUCAGAGGCCCUGGGGUGGCCGGCGGGCAGUGAGGACGACAUGCGCGCAGCCUGGGACCUGAGCCCCUUGGGAGAAGUGCUGAGUCCAGACGUGGAGGGCUCCCCAGAGCCCUCCCGCGGGCCCCAGCAGAGCUCAGGAGCCCUUGUCGCCAUCCAGGAAGAGCUGGCCCAGCAGCUGAAAGAGAAGGCCAGCCUCCUGGAGGAGAUCUCCGCCGCUCUGCCCUCCCUGCCGCCCUGGGAGUCGCUCGGAGGUUGCCGGAGGCUGCUCCAGGCCUCCCGCGAGCUCUCGUACAGCACCUGCCUGGGAGGCCUGGGGCAGUACUCGUCGCUGCUGGUUCAAGACGCCAUCGUCCAGGCGCAGGUGUGUUACGCGGCCUGCAAAAUCCGGCUGGAGUAUGAGAAGGAGCUCCGGUUCUACCGGGAGUCCUGGCAGGCCGGGGGUGCCACUUGCCAGGAGCCUGCGGCGCAGGCAGUCGGGGCCCUGCGGGAGGAGUACGAGGAACUCCUCCGCAAGCAGAAGAGCGAGUACCUGGAAGUGAUCGCCCUCGUGGAAAGGGAAAACGCAGAGCUCAAGGCCAAAGUCACCCAGCUGGGCCACCAGCAGCGAUGUCUGCAAGAAGCGGAAAGCAAGCACAGUGAGAGCAUGUGUGCGCUGCAGGGCAGGUAUGAGGAGGAGAUGAGGUGUGUGGUGGAGCAGCUGAGCAGGACCGAGAGCACGCUGCAGGCCGAGCGCAGCCAGGUGCUGAGGCAGCUGGACGCCUCGGCCAGGGACAGGCAGGACAUGGAGCGGCAGCACGUGCAGCAGAUGCAGACGCUGGAGGACCGCUUCCAGCUCAAGGUCAGGGAGCUGCAGACCAUCCACCAGGAGGAGCUGAGGACCCUGCAGGAGCACUGCGCGCACAGCCUGCGCUGCCUGCAGCAGACCCUCGGCCUGCACCAGCGGCCCCCGACCCAGCCCGAGGGCCUGCCGGCCCCCAGCGAAGCCGACGCCACGACGGGCCUGCGGGAGCGCAUCCAGGAGCUGGAGGCCCAGAUGGGCCUCAUGCGGGAGGAGCUGGGGCACAAGGAGCUGGAGGGCGACGCGGCCUCUCUGCGGGAGAAGUAUCAGCGGGACUUUGAGAACCUCAAGGCCACGUGCGAGCGUGGGUUUGCCGCCAUGGAAGAGACGCACCAGAAGAAGAUCGAAGACCUGCAGAGGCAGCACCAGCGGGAGCUGGAGAAGCUUCGGGAGGAGAAGGACCGGCUCCUGGCCGAGGAGACCGCUGCCACCAUCUCAGCCAUCGAAGCCAUGAAGAAUGCCCACCGGGAGGAGAUGGAGCGCGAGCUGGAGAAGAGCCAGCGCUCUCAGAUCAGCAGCAUCAACUCGGACAUCGAGGCGCUGCGGCGGCAGUACCUGGAGGAGCUGCAGUCGGUGCAGCGGGAGCUGGAGGUGCUGUCGGAGCAGUACUCCCAGAAGUGCCUGGAGAAUGCCCACCUGGCCCAGGCACUGGAGGCUGAGCGGCAGGCCCUGCGGCAGUGCCAGCGCGAGAACCAGGAGCUCAACGCCCACAACCAGGAGCUGAACAACCGCCUGGCUGCGGAGCUCACUCGGUUACGGACGCUGCUGACUGGGGAUGGCGGCGGGGAGGCUGCUGGGUCCCCCCUGACGCAGGGCAAGGAUGCCUACGAGUUAGAGGUCUUGCUGCGGGUCAAGGAGUCAGAGAUACAGUACCUGAAACAGGAGAUCAGCUCCCUCAAGGACGAGCUGCAGACGGCACUGCGGGACAAGAAGUACGCGAGUGACAAGUACAAAGACAUCUACACGGAGCUCAGCAUCGCCAAGGCGAAGGCAGACUGUGACAUCAGCAGGUUGAAAGAGCAGCUGAAGGCAGCCACGGAAGCGCUGGGGGAGAAGCCCCCCGAGAACGCCGCAGUGUCGGGAUAUGAUAUAAUGAAGUCCAAGAGCAACCCUGACUUCCUGAAGAAGGACAGAUCCUGUGUCACCCGGCAGCUCCGGAACAUCAGGUCCAAGUCCGUAAUUGAGCAGGUCUCAUGGGAUAACUGACACGCGCCCGCUUCCAGGUCCCCUGUCGUAGUCUGAAAGAAGGCCUGACGGUGCAGGAGCGGUUGAAGCUGUUUGAAUCCAGGGACUUGAAGACAGACUGAGUGGCGGGUGCCACCCCCACCCCCUCCGGCGCUGCGUGUGCCUUCCCUGUUGUUGCUGUCGCUGUCACUGCUGUCACUGACCGGGUUGGAUGCAUGAGAGGCAGGGUGCGCCCGCCACCCCCUGCUGAGCCGAGUCCAGCUUCCUGUCGUCUUUAUCACAGCUUUUCUCCCGUGGUUUUUCCGAAAUGAGGCGGCGGGGCGGGGCGGGGGCCCCUCCCGGCCGGCGCCGCUGCACGCACUCAGUAUUAGGCCCAGCAGCCUGUUGGCCCGUGGGCGCGGCAGGCGGAUGCGGGGAGGGGGGCGCCGUGCGACAGCCCUCUGUGUGUGCUCCACCACGAGCCUCGGACCACACCCGCAAUCGGCGGGCACCUGCCAGACCGGACGAUGUCAGAGGCAACCAUUCCUAUUUUGUUUGUUUUUUUAUUAAAUCUUGCACAAACCCGG